AUGUCCUUGGAGGCAGACAGCGACAGAGAUUCAUCAGGGGGCGCACAUGACAAACAUCCCCGGGCAGCGUUGGAGCGCAGCGGCUACGUGAAGACAUGUGUCACUCCGCUGCACCGGGCCGAGCGGAGCCAGUCGUGGCUGAGACUCUCCGCGACAUGGACUCGCAGAAGAGUGUCCUCUGCUGUCUGCGUCGCCUCCGUCUCCGCUCUCCUCGCUCUGCUGCUCAGAUUGGUCGAGUGGGAUGCAAGCAGCAGCAGCAGCAGCGGAAAUAGUAGCUGCGUCGGCUCUCGUUUCCACUCAGCGGCGGGCUGCACCGUGGAGCUGCUUCUCACUGCGUGUCACUGCGUCUUGCCUGUUUUUACGCUCGUAAGUGCCUUCUUCUGGGUCUGGCUCUGCUUGAUUCGCUGCGGGCUGCUGAUCCGGAGCGCGCUCUUCCUGUUAGCGGUGUGCCACCUGGGCGAAGUCGCGGCGCAGUCGCUGCUGCGCGGCGCGGAGGAGUUAUCGUCCCUGACCGCGACCCUGGUAGUCCUCGGCUGCCUGGGCGGCGGGGCUCUGCUUGUCGUCCGGCCGGGACAGGGAGUGUCCAUCCUCGUCUUCAUUAGCGUCAUCAGGGCCGUGUCCCUACUCUCUCUAAGCAGGGUCCGGGCCAGUUGGAGACCCUACCUGGCCUACCUGCUGGGGCUGCUGGGGGUUUUGCUUGCGAGGUAUGCUGACCGGCUUUUGCCGGCCUCAGGGACCAGCGGGACGGGGUGCUGUAGCUCUGUGACCGGGGCGAAGGAGGAGGACAUCCCUGUCUUCAAAAGGAGACGGAGGUCCAGCUCCAUAGCGGCCUCGGAGAUGAUGGCUCACAGUCAGAGCAACAGCAAGUCCCACCGCAGGACUUCACUGCCCUGCAUUCCGAGGGACCAGUCCUUGGGCACCAGCGUGGUGGUGGACAUCGCGGUGAUGGGAGAAGCCCACGGCAUGAUCUCAGACCUGCUGGCCGACCCCUCCCUGCCUCCGAACACCUGCAGCUCUCUGAAAGCUGUCAGCAACCUCCUCAGCACCCAGAUCAACAUCCAGCCGCUCCAUCGGCCCCGCAUCCCCACAGACCCCCACGCCUGCUCCGACUCAGAGGAUGGGCCGGAAAGACCCGAGAGAUUGGCCAUCCCAAAGCGUCUCAGAAGGAGUCUGCCCCCAGGAUUGCUGAGAAGAAUUUCAUCCACCUGGACCACGACCACAUCGGCCACGGGGCUGCCCACCAUCGAGCCGGGCCCCGUACGGCGAGAUCGCUCAGCCAGCAUCAAACACACUGUGGACAGCGGUGACUCCUGGAACAACCCAUUGAUGAUAACUAUCUCAAAGAGCCGUUCCAUGUCAGCCUCCUACACUGCCUCUGGCACUUCCAACCACCUCUACAGCAAACCACUGGGAAGACCAGGUUUCCCUCCCUCCAACGUAUCACCUCUGGGCUCUCCGUGUCCGUCUCCUGCUGUCCAGGGAACGCCCAUCUCCAGUCCGACGAUAAAAACGUGUUCAGUUCAGCUUCCUGAGCUGGCCAGGCCACUGACAGAGCAGGUUCCUGUGUCUGUUGCCCCCAAGAGCCAUCACAGAGCCUUAACUCACAGCCAGAGUGCGCCAAGCUCCACCACCAUUCACUGGCGACCUCCAUCACUCUGCGGCAGCUGCGGCAGGCCGUUUAACAAUCGACUAAUCAAUGGAGUAGAAUCGGGCAGUAAACCAGACAGAAUACCGCAUCCAGAUGAGCGCAUUGUAGCUUCCUCAGAUUACGACAGCACCUAUGACAGCACUUAUGAGACCAACCACAGUGACAGCAGCGACUUUGCACAAAACGACGACGAAGGAGAAGGAGGCAAGAAGCCGCCCGAAGUCAGGGGAGGCUGCAGGGAGUGUCCGCUGGAGUGCAUUGUUCUUCACCCACUCCUACCAUCCCCAGAGGACAAGUCAGAGUCCGUCCCGGAGAGUCCGGUCAUGCCGGGUCUGGAACCCCUGAUGACUCAGCUCAACAAUUGGAACUUCCCCAUUUUCAGCCUUGUGGAGAAGACUCAUGGCAAAACAGGCUGCAUCCUCAGCCAGGUCACCUAUCGGCUUUUUGAGGACACUGGCCUGUUUGAGACCUUCAAGAUUCCCAUUAAAGAGUUUAUGAACUACUUCCAUGCCUUGGAGAACGGCUACCGGGACAUACCUUAUCACAACCGGAUCCAUGCGACUGAUGUGCUGCACGCCGUGUGGUACCUCACCACGCAGCUUGUGCCGGGCCUGCCCAUCCUACCCACUGAGAACGGGAUUCACACUGACUCGGUGAACAACAUUACGCCUACAGCGCCGGGCUUCCUGGUGUCCAAGAUGAGCUCUGUGUCGGAAGACGGCUACAGCUCCCUGUCUGGUCUAAUUCCAGCCCUGGAGCUCAUGGCCCUCUAUGUAGCUGCCGCCAUGCAUGACUACGACCACCCUGGAAGAACAAACGCCUUUCUGGUUGCCACAAGCGCACCACAGGCUCUUCUGUACAACGACAGGUCGGUGCUGGAAAACCAUCAUGCGGCUGCAGCGUGGAACCUCUUCAUGUCUCGACCAGAGUUCAACUUCCUGGUGAAUCUUGAACACGUGGAGUUCAAGCGGUUCCGCUUUCUUGUCAUUGAAGCAAUCCUGGCUACUGACCUCAAAAAGCACUUUGACUUCCUUGCUGAAUUUAAUGCAAAGGUUGGUGAUGAAGGAGUAUCUGGCAUUGACUGGACCAAUGAGAAUGACCGAUUGCUGGUGUGCCAGAUGUGCAUCAAGCUAGCUGAUGUCAAUGGACCUUUGAAGAAUAAGGAGCUACAUCUGCAGUGGACAGAAGGGAUCGUCAACGAGUUCUAUGAACAAGGUGAUGAAGAAGCAACUUUAGGCCUCCCUAUCAGCCCAUUCAUGGACCGGUCUGCCCCCCAACUCGCCAAACUACAGCAGUCAUUCAUCUCCCACAUAGUGGGACCACUGUGCUCCUCCUACGACUCUGCUGCGCUCAUGCCAGGGCGCUGGGUGGACCUGUCCGAAGAGGCGGUUCAGAUAGAUGUGGAAAAGGAAGGACAAGAUACAGAAGAGGAGGACACGGCGGAUGAGGAGGCGUCAACAGGUUCCAACGGGUCCCAGCGGCAAGAAGCCAAAAAGCUGCGCAGACGGAAGGUCUUUUGUCAGAUCACACAGCAUCUCCUGGAAAACCAUGAAAUGUGGAAACGUGUGAUUGCUGCCGAAGCAUCAGAGGAGACUCAAGAAGAGAAGGCCAACUGCUUAGACAAACCUGUAGAUUCAAUCACAGCAAUCCGCGAGGAGGAAGAGGAGGAGCAGGAGCAGGCGAGCAAAGAGGAGGAGUCGGCCGACGACCUCGAUGAAGCUGAAGAGACGGCGGCGGCGGAGGAAUUCCUUCCACAAUCAGAGACCUCAGGAGAAAAAGAGGACGUUCCAGAAUGAGAUUAUAAACUUGAACCUCCUCUUAAACCAGGAAUCUUGACCAUUGUUUGAAAACGUUUGUUUUUUUCUUUCCUAACCAAACUCUUUGUAUGGUAGCCAGCACAUCACUUUGACACAACACUGUAGAAGAUGUUUUGGGUAAAAUGUGCCUAAUAAAAUCAGGGUUCAGGACUUGAGAUGACGUAUAGUCGGUACAUCUGAUGAGGAGAUCAGCAAAAGACGAAGAAAUAGUAGAAACAUAGUGGUGAUUGCGAUAAACAGACUUAAGUUUUUUUUGUUUUUUUUUUUACUUUUUGAGCUGUUUUACUCUGGAUCUGGAGCCCUGCCCUCACCCAGGCUGUCCCUUGUGCACUAAUGGGCCAACAAAUGUUCUUCCUGCAUCUCCCAUGUUAUCAACAACCUGUGUAGCCAACACAGCUUGCUGAAGCUGUGCAGCAAGCCCUUUCUUCAGGACAAUGGGAUGAAAGUCAGGGACAAGGCAGUCUAGAGUCAUGUGGAGUAAAGGAAACUGAAGAAAGAGCCAGUGGUAUUGUAUAAAAAUCAGAGGACCACGCAAGUUUCACACAAUCACACUCACAUUCCACACUCCAAACAGAGAAGAAGUUUCAAAAAAGAACCUUGUUGCUCCAAAAGCUUUAUUCUUGCUCAAGGAAAAACUCACAAAACAGAGUUUAGCAUUCAGUUUCUCCCUGUUUUUUUUUUUUUCUUUAAUUUUUGCAAAUUUUUGGUCACACAGAGACCAACGUGUUUUCAGGCUGAACAACUCAGGAAGGCAGAAUUAGAGUCACAAAAGGACUUUCAAUGUCCUCGUCCUUGUAUUUCUCUCUGCUUCUUCUUCCAUCUGUUUGCUUCUAUCUCCUUUAAAUACCGGAAAUGUUGGGCUGGAUUUGUACAGCCUAGCAGGAACCAAAAUGGAGUAAAAAAAAAAAAUUGCUAACGUUGGCAGUUUGGUGAAAUCUUUGCAAAUAUAAAGUUUAGUGCUGUGGUGGACAAGGCUAGUGCCGAGUCACAGGGAACAGUUCACCCGAGAUUUACAUAAAUAAGACUUUCUGGACCUGAAAGGUCAGUUGGCAACCAUUAGGCGCUACGCACCAAGAAGAAAAUGUCUAGAUGUCAGAUUUUAAACAAGGGCAUUAUAGCCUUUUUUAUAUUUAAAAAAAAAAGGGUAAAGGGAAUUUAAGUAGCAUGUAUAUGUAGCCAGUUUCAAUAGUAGCAUGGAGAGAAAAAUAAAACAGAAUAAGAGAUGUAAGCACUUUAAAUAACACAGAGACUAACAUUUUUGUUCAACGUUACUCUGGUCCUGUAGGGAAAGGUUCCUCUGAUUAUACCUUACACUCUAAAAACUGCUGGUUUAUAAACAAGACUACUAGCUUUAUUUUGCUAUCCGUCUGAAGGUUAUUUCACACGAUGGGGUUGAACCGUUGGCUUCACGCAGCACACAGAAUAAGGUUUUAACCCCAAAAUAAGUUCAAGUGGCUAAUGUCUAACACUAGUGCUGAAGAGAUAAUAGAAAAAAUACAACUAAACAAAGUGAUAUUUGAAUAAGAUGUAUUAUUUGUAUCUAUAUAAUACAGAUAAUGCAGUUUUUUCUAAACGCUAUCCUUGCAGGGGGCAUGUGGCCUGUCUGUAGCGGUCAAUGAGCUACUUUCUGGACAGGUUAUUAGUAUAUCCUGGCAAAUUGUCUCCUCAGCAAAUAGAGCCCUUCAUCUAUUAUUUAUACAUUGUAAACAAACCAUAUGUCAUAGCCAUUUAUUAUAACCAUCUCGUUUACUUUUUCGACGUAGGUAAAUUUCAUAAAUAUUAAAAACGUUAGGCCACUGAUAGUAACAUACCAACUAAUGAGACAUUACAAACAGUUACAUUUCAUUCUCAGAAUAUAACACAAGAAUAUUGAUUUGAUCAAAGCAUGAACGUUGAAUAUAUCUAGCAUUAGGUUGCCAUACCUGGUAAAAGCAGCUAUUGGGUACUGAGCAAGUAAAAGGCUAAUGUUAAUGUUAGAUCAAGUGAACAAACUUGUGUUCUUGUGUGAAUUAAAGUCAUAGCAAACCCUACUGUCAUGAACAUUGUUAUACAGAGUAACCUUAACCUUUUACUUUGCAAAAAAAAAAAAAAAGUCCAAAAUUGCGAACGUAUGAGGAUUCAUUAUUCUUUUUAGCUCUCAAUUUUUUGACCCAGUUUUUGUUUAAUCUUCUUUCCCUACAGUUUGAGUUAGAGGAAUAACCCAGCAGUUGUUUGAGUGUAACUAUAUCAUAGCAUACGGCCUGACAGGUGGUCCUCAUGCUCUCCUUUGAUGUCCUCAGACAUUCUGAUUGGUGAUGAUGGAGGGCAGCGUGAACACCAAGGACAGCCCCAAGUAAUGAGACUUAGUACGGAAACCGGGGAGAUAUGAGAGAAGGGAGAGGAACCUUUUAGCGUUACAUGUAGCUUUCCACGAAGGGUCAGCAGGGUUUUAAAUAGCUUUAAUAUUUUAGAAGAUUGUUCUAGAUGCAGCUCUUUGAAGAGGAUCCAGUUUGGUUAGAAGUCAAAACCAUGUGAUGGUCAGUGUUUACCAGCUACGAACAGAAACAAGCAUUACAGCUUAUUUAAACUGACAUCUGAAAAGUAUCGGGGGAGGUUUGAGGCUGCUUAGCGUCUUCACUCACAUAGCAGCAACAGGUAGCUUCCAUCAGAACCAUAAUUACAGCUGAAAGACUAUUAGCACUGCGAGAGCUGCAGCUGACUCAAGACGAAGGCAAAGCAGAUUACACUCAGACACUUUAUGUGAUGCACUUCAUCAGUUCCUUGAUAACGCUUGUAACAAAUCAGCCAAUUAUAUUUAGGGCCUAAACGUUGCGAGGACAACCUGCUGAAGUUCAAACUGGGGUUAGAAUGGGGAAAGAAAAGAGGAUUGAAAAGGCCGUUGUUGUUAGUUUCAGACCUGAUGGCAAGAGUAUUUUAGAAACCACUGAUCUACUGCCGUUAUCACAAACAUCUAUCAGGUUUACAGGUAGUUGUGUCAGCGAAAACGCCUCGUUGAUGCCAGGCGUUUGGAGGAGAGUGAGUAGACUUUAUUGAGAAGGUAAAAAAAAAAGUCACAGUUAAAAUAACCCAACAUUACAACCAGUGAUUGACUGAAUACAAGUCCUCCCCUUUAUGGCCACAGUGAACCCAUCUUCUAAUGGCUACUUCAACUAUGUCCCAAAACUCAAUUCAUUCAAAAUUGUUUUCUUGGAAUAACGUUGCGUUCACUGUACUUCGGAGGUCUCGUCAGUCGAGAGAUUUCCAUCCAUUAGAAUGCCUUUGGCUGUGGUGAACCAGGACAUUAGUCAUGGAUGUGCAGCAACUUUGGAAGCUAUCUUUACAUCGUAUCAUGUUUAAUCUGUCAGAUUUAAAAUGCACAGAGGUCAAACCCCGCACUGACAAGGUGAACUUGGUAAAGUUGCUGGUGAGUGUAAGAGUGAUUGUAUUGGAUGUCUAAAGCAAUCAAACAGCAGGGAGUUUUCUACUGUAUGAUAACCUGAGGAGCGAGAUGACAGGUAAUAACCAUGAGUAUUGAUGGUCGGAGCCCCUGUUGCUCUAAUAUAAUAUAGCAGGUGAGUUGCUGGGUAACGAUUGAUCAGUACUAACUACCUGACAUACACCAUACAUGCCCUUUAAGCAGUCAGGCUGGUGUUUUUGAACACUAUCGAUUAAAAAAAAAGAGACUUAUGCAGUCUAUUAAACAUGCUUGUUUCGUGUGACAAAAUUUCUUACUCAUUUACUGUUUGCUAAUACUAUUGCAAUGCUGUAUAAAUAUGUAGCUGUAUCAACGGCACUGUUAUGAGGACGCCCAUUAUAGCACAGCAGGGCUGAAAUGUGCAACGUAAUACCCUUGACCGCUCAUUGUCUUUACUCAGUAACAUGGAGUACUUGAGUUUGUUUGUUACACUAUAAAUUAGGAAGUCUACAACAAUCACACCAUCUGCUUUAUUGUUUUUGUUUGCAUGAAAGUCCAAAAGGCUUAGAUGUAGAUGUUUUUUUUUUCUUUAUCGUAGCCUAUAAGACAUUCCAAGGACCUGCUAUUAACACAGCAUGAAACAGUGAAAAGCAACAUGUGGUAAAGAUAAUCUGAUGACAUCCAGGACAAAAAAAAAAAAAAAAAGAAUUGGCAAAGUAAGAAAACUAAAAUUCAGCAUAAAAUGUAAAUCUUGUUCAUUUGGAUCCAAAAUACCUUCCUGAACUAAUCUCCUCGAACUUUAUGUUUGUAAUGCCUUGACAUGCAGAUAAGGAUGCCCUUAAAGAAAAAAAAACAUGCUUGCAGCUGUAGUUUCAUAAAAAGAGGGACCUUUUGAACUUGAAAUACUAUGAAAGUAACCACAAAACUGUAGAAAAAAAUGACCUUUCUGCACACAAUAUACAAUACCUGAUUCCCAUCUAGAGCUCCAAGUCAACGUUCAGACAUGUUUUCAUAUUCUUUUUCCAUUGUUGAGCUUAAAUUUGAAUAGCCUCAGAGUAUAAAACUCUCUGAGACAAACAUGUCUUUCUUCUCCAACUGUACAAUAACAGUGCAACAAUCAAAGAGACUUGAAGCAAUCAAAGCUGUGAUCAAAAUGUGGGUUUCCAUUUACAAGAUUUUCCAGAUAUAUGUGUUUUUUUUUAAUCACACAUAUGUAUGCAUAGACUGAAGUCUGCCUAUGUUUGGAGCUCCGAUUGUGCAAGUCCUCAGAAAUUCAAAUGUGUGGAUCGGUGUUUUGGAGAAGCAAUAGGAACGAACAGACAGGAUUUGCACUUACUAAGUGCUGUGAAAGAUAUUCGUCCCCUUGGAGAUUUAUUAUGCUUUUUGUCACACUUAAACUUUUCAUGCCACUUUUACCAGACAGAGUUGGCCAGUGCAAUUACAAAAAUAUUAGCAAAUAUAGUGCAAAUGUUUUUUUAAGGGGCGUCGUUCUGAUAUGUCCCCUGCCCCCCAGUGGCGCCAUCUUGGCUUUAUGGAGAAUAAACGGGCAGAAAUUGUUGACAAUGUAAAAGUUCACUUAAAGAACAGUUUUAAUUCUAUAUUCAGUGUGUCAAAAUGUUUCUACAUUUUCUUAAAUCCAAGACUUGUGUAUGUAUUUAAUGAACAAUAACAAUUAAGUUUAAAGAAUCAUUUCAAUAGUUUAGCUUUUUAAAUUCAAUAUUGUAUGUAACCAUUAAUGUUUGAAAGAGCAAAUUCAUGUUUUUUUUUUUUAGAAAACUAAUUUGAAGCAACUUGAUUUUCUGCACCAGUUACAUCUAGCUCCAUUAGUUUGAGAAUUAUCUAAUCCAUGUUGAAUCGUUUCACAACCAUUUAGAGUUAAACGCCCAUUUGAUAAACUACUAAAGGAAAUAAAUGUUAUUUAUCUGUAAUGUCAAAUGAGCCUUGAAUAGAGCAGACAGAUUUGCAAAAUGAUUAAUUCUGUGUACAUACAUGAAAAAAUAUCUUUUGAGACUCGUACAGCAAUUUUUCCCCAGACCAUGAGAGCUAAGCAUAUUGAAUAAGAUAAUCACAUAAUGUAUAACUUUAAUGUUUAAAGACAAUUUCUGAGAAAAUUGCUAGAUGAACAUGUUUCUUAGAGUAAGAAAUUAAAAUAGGGAGAUUUGUAAGUCAUUUUUAAGACCUCCCCCACAAAAACGUAGCUUAGCAGCACUUACAUUUACCAAACAUUUUGUUUUCCCUCCAUCUAAGCUGGUCAGCCAUGUGAUGAAAAUGGGUGAAGUCCACAACAAUGCUCGUCAUUUUGGUGCAGCGCAAUAUUCUGGUAAAAUAACUUCAUCCAGGCAGUAUUUUCUCCAUCAAACGUUGUUUGCUUACUGUAACUAAUUAAAUAGUUAUAUUGUUUUGUUGUUCAAAGUCAAGAAAUAUGCAAAAACAAAACAAACAAACAAAACAUUUGCACAUCACACUGUGCUACAACUUCUGUGGCAAAGUGAUGCAGCAGAACAUCCUCUGCAAAACUAAGAAUGAAGCUAGAAGUUGCUAGCGAGUAAUGGCACUACAUUAAGAACACCAGACCCAGCCAUAUGUGCAUAACACAAUGACCAGCCAAUACCAAAGUAGAAACAGAAAACUUUCCAGGCAUAGAUUUUAUGUGGCAAUUUGUCCAGUGAAGUAGAGAAAGACUUGGAGACAUAGCAAACCGGCACCCUUCAAAGCUCUUGAUGCCUGUAAUUUUUUUUUUUACCACAGUGGUGUAAAUGUAGCUUUAGCUGCUUGUGACAAAAUUUGUGUUUUCAGAAAUUUUAAUUCUAUUAUGAUUUGGGCAGAUGUAGUUUUUGCUCUGGUUUUGACCAGCAUUGUGGUGGACCGUCUCAGUCCGUACGGACUUUGGUUCUGAUGAGCAAAAGGAAGAAUCAGGAUAACAAUAGUGUCACCAAAGCACAAUAAAUAAGAAAACUACGUGGUGUUUGUGUAAAACAUUAGUGCAAGCGAAUGGAAGCAUCUGAAAGUCUCACUUUUCUACACAUUAUCAAUACUUUGAAGGUUUAACUUCACUAAAGUAAUGUCACUAUUAUCUGUCAGGCCCCUCUGAGUUUGUCUACAGUUACUUUCCCUAAACACACUGUUUGGGCCUAAAAGUCAGCCUUCAUGGAAAAAGAUUGUUGCUAUGGUGAGUAAAACCCUGCAGGAAAAUGUAGAGAGAGUUCGACUGAUUAAAUUUAACUGGAUCAGCUGACAUCAGUGAAUGCUUGGUCCUGCCAAAGGCCAAGUGAAAGUGAAAACUGAGUAAAACAACACAGUACUCCUGCUGAUAUUUUAUUUAUUUUUUGGUUCACAAAUACAAUUAUAUGGCUGCAAACUUCACUAUAGCAAUUUAUAAUACCUGUAUAAACUGUUGUGUUUUUGUGGGUCAGCGUUUUAAUCCUGGGGUGAAAAGUGUUUUGAACAGAGAGGUUGUUUUCAUUUUUGUUGAUGAGGAGAAAUUCACCUGUGCUUACUUUCACCUGCUUUUCCAAUAAAUAUGUAAGUAAGCUUGGAUUUCGCAUAAAGCACAUGAUUGCUGGUACCUGGUAGUUGGAGUUUUGGUUUACAAAGUCAUGUUUCUAAAAGAUAUUUUGUGUGGAUUUUAAAAUGAGUUAUUUUCUUUGGAAAAUAAUAGACAUCCCAUCGAGGAUUCAGUUAUACUCGAUACUUUCAAAACUAUGCUAAAUAUGAUGAUAUGGGCCCUUUAAGUAUAACUUUUCAAUAAUUAUUUGUCCUGAAUACAUUUUUUUAGUUUAUUAGCUCUUUUUGUCUUUUAAAACUUUAAAAUACAAAAGAAAACAUAAUUUGAUCAUUUUUCCACCUUAUGAAACAUGAAAAUUGUUAUUUAAUUUGUUUUGGCAUUAAGGACUACUCUUCGUUGCAAUUAUACCUUGUCUGUCUUUCUUUCUUUCGAUGUUAGUCAUCCUAAUUCUCCAUGGUGGCAUUAUUAACUAUCAAUUUAAAUUGUUUUCUGUGCCGAAAGAAAGAAAAAGAACAGAGCCUUUAAUCAGAGCCAAGCUUCUUAAUUUUUAUCAAGGUAUGAGUGUUUUCUUUGAAAUAUUGUUGCAACCAGAUUUACUUCUGCAAACCAAAGAAAUACUUUUGAGCUUUGCAGUUUUUGGUGAUUUGCACAAAAUGAGCCCUAAACUAAUUUUCUUUCUUUUUUUUUUUUUUUACAUUGUUAUGUAGAACCUUGUGAUGUUGGGAUAUGUAUACAUUAUAUACACAUUUUGUUGUUAUAUGUAAACGCAGAUGAAACUCAAUGAAAAACUAUCAACAGUUCCCCAAUAGACCACUGCUUAUAGUGUUAAUAUCUUUAAUUGAUUUCACUCCCAUGUUAGUGGACUUUGGUAGCACGACAGUUUAACUCACCAACUCUUCACAGACUGAAGGCAUCGUAAACCAAAAAAAAAGAAGAAAGAAAACACUCCAUUUUUCUUCAGCUUGUUGCUUCUGCUAAGUUAAACGGGGUCUUCUCUCCUGUGCCAUAACAUCUUCACAUGUACAUGUAUCUACAAACUGUUUUAAGACUUUCCACGUUUGUCUCAAGCAAAACCAAAACGAUUUUCUUCCACCAUCUGUAAAAUAAGACAAGGCUGGUAUGUUUUUUGUUUUUUUUUCUGCAAUUGCAGUCGCUUCACUGACUCAGUUCUUUAUCUGUUCUCUCUCUAGUAUCUUGCACUUGACUCAUGUAGCAAUACCUACAGGAUGGGGGGAAAUUGUGUGAUUCACCAGUAUUUAAGGAAAAUAUAACUUUUUAUUUCUUGCUAUUGUUUGACUUUGUAUAAAAAUAUAUACUGUACAGAUUUAAAAGUAUAUUAUGACAAAGGAAAAAAAAAACUUUUAGAAAUAUUUAUUUUUACUGUUUUGUAAUUUAGACACAAUACUGUAGCUCCUCUAUUGCCAGACUUACUGGAAGUGCCUCUCAAUAAUGUAUUACAAAGUAACUAUACAAUAUAUUGGGAUUAUUAGAACCUGUCACUAGCAAGGCAUUGUUGAUGUUGUAUUGUGACUAUUGUUCAAUAAUAAGAUUUAUAAAUGCUG